UUUCAACGGCGAUCUGAGAGUGACUGGCACGCAUGUCACAAGCAGUCCACAUCUGUACACCACACCUGUAAGGUCGAGCAAGGUUUAUCCCUUUUGUACUGUGAUCUGGCCAACUGGAUUAGUUGGGUAAUUGGGCUCACUCAAGCAUUUCCAUUUGUAUCCAUGGUUAGGCCUGAUUGACACAAUGAUUUUACCUGUUGUACCUGCUCAAGAAGGGCCGCUUGUCUUAUGUAAUUGGCCCAUUUUCAAGCAUUUGUAGUUUAAAUGACAAUAGAUUAAAUGGUUCCAUUCCUCCCAUUUGUAACCCUAAAUAUAAAGGACUGAUUCCAAUAAGGCUUAUUAGUUGUGCAUGCUGGCUCCCCGUUGUGGCUUCCUGGGACAUGAACACAACAAACCGUUGUUGAUGUUAGUACAAACACCUUGUGGCAGGUCAAAAGUCUGCUGUGAAGACCGUCUGCCACGUGCAUUGAUCAAUCCUGUGCAGCAGCAGUUCAAGUACCUACACGUACCCCAAAGUGUUAUCCCUGUUGUAUGUAGGUGGUAAUUACUUCAACUAUGAAGAGGUGAAAAGAACAAACUGUUAAAGGCACCUUUGAGUCCUCACACAACAAUGUAUAAGAAAAUUAUAAAUAUCUAUAUAAAUGCACAACUUCAAUAUUGAAAAAGGCUUUGUGCGUACGAAUGCCUCUGUGGGUAUCCACAGAUGGUGAUCUAUGCUGUUCUGAUCAAGUAAAGGGUCUGAUACAGAAAAUGGAUAAUGUAAAUUCCAAAAUAGCAGAGGUCCAAUCAGAUACAAAUGCAGUCAAGCCCUCAAAGAGCGACCAGGUGACCUGUCAGUUAAACAUUUUCAACACCACUGUCUUGCUUGUAGUAAAUAAGAGUUCUUACAAAUUCAUGCAUGUGGACAGUAGCUCACAAGACCCCCGUAGUCGAACGGUGCUGCCAUAAAAACUGGAGUCUUGAGUUUGAAUGUUACUGUCAAAGAAAUGAUGUGAUCCUGUCACACAAUGCCUGGAAUAAGAUCAUUUAAUUUAUUUUAAUCAACCUUAAACCACAAAGGCGAAGUUCAAAAGAAUGGGAUCUGAGGGGUUUGAUUAAAGACUCAGUGGUUAUGUGCAACUCCGGUCCAGUUUGGUUUGUAGGUGCAAGAAGAAGACGCCUCAAGCAGAGUUGCUACUGUGGUAGUGCAGUAGGUGGCAGUGUGCACCACCAUACGUGCUGAGUAUGGACAUGCAUCUGGGGUUUUUUCAGCUGUUCCUUCCUGACUAUUGUAACCACAGAUAAUGGUACUUACGUUGCAUGUUUUGGAGUUUUUGAUCAUGUAGGUUAUUUUUUUCCUAACUUAACAUACUGUAUGUGAUCAUUUUUGGUGAUCAAUCAUGAUUUUGAUUUCUAGAUAAAGGCAUCUUUUUCCCAUAAUAGUUAUCCCACAAAUUGAUCAUGCAUUGACUGAAAGGAUGUGGAUAUAAAGAUUACCCCAUAUUUACUUAGUGGUUAGAUAAACUAGCUAUUUAAUAAUAGUUUGAAUUCAUCCCAUCUUGAUAAUGAGAUUUGAUCUUUCAAAAUGAUUCUGAAUCGCAAAUUAGACUUUGAUAUAUGUAUUAUAUAUACACACCUAUAUUUAUAUAAAAGAUUUUAAUAUUGCUAUACAUCUAUAUCAGUCCUAACCUUUGUGUGUUUGUGUGAACUGCCUGCCAUGGUGUGUGUCUGUGUGGCACUUGGUGUGUGCUGUUUAAUCAGUGGAGGCUGAAUGGCUGGCUGGUUAUGUGACAAAUAGGUUAUCUCAUCCCACCUCAGUACUUUACCCAAUAUUUACACGAAUUAGGACGAGUUUACAGAGAUAGGGCCAGCAGCUGACAGGAUGAAGUGUCUGUGUGUGUGUGUGUGUGUGUGUGUGUGUGUGUGUGUGGGAGGCCAUCAGUGAAUCAGUCCAAGGGUUAUGUUUCAUUUAUAUGACUGCAUCACUUGAGUUUGAAAGGAGAACAUUUAAGGAAGAGAGUAAAGGGAACUAAUUCUAAAAGUCUUGGAAUGGACAAUGGUGGUAUACUGUUUAGAGAUCUAGAUCCUCAUCUAGAGAGAGGUUGUGUCACUGCGCCUUCAUAACUCUGUAGGCCUGAGGUCAGGGAAUUCAGACCUGGGUCUUAUCAGGGCAGAGUAAUAAGUAUCCAACAACCCGAAGAGAUAAAACCAGGAAGAACAGAUGGGAAAACAAAAUGCAAUCAAUCAAUGAGAAGGUUGGCAGCCAAAGCCCUUGGUAUUGAUCGGCAAGGUCUGGAUUUGACUUGGAGUAUUUGGAUAAGAUUCAUUCAUACAAAUCCCACAUUGUUGUCCUGUGCUUUUGUUGGAACGGUCAGGGAAUGUAAAUGUAAUUCCCUGAGAAGCUCAAUGAUGGAUCGGCACUGGAAACCGUUCUCCUGUGAGAACUGUGACAAGAGCUUUUGCACUCGCUAUCAGCUCGCCAGACAUGAGCUUAAUCACAGUGGGGAGAAGCCACACAAGUGUUUGGCUGAUGGCUGCUCUGAGGCCUUUGUCACAAAUGCCAGCAUGAAGAACCACAUGGCUCGAGUUCACCAGCAACAAGAGAAGCGAUAUAAAUGUGACUAUCAGGGCUGUGCAAAGGAUUUCAACAAGAGGAACCAACUUAAGUCCCACAAGGGCGAGCAUGAACAGCUCCUGCCUUUUCAUUGUACUUUCAGUGGCUGCACAAAAGAAUUUCCCUCUCAUGGGAAACUCCAGCAUCACAAGAAAGUGCAUGAAGGUUACCCUUGUGAGGCAGAAGCGUGUCCUUUCCAGGGAAAGACGUGGACAGAAUAUCUGAAGCACAGAAAAGAACAUAAAGUCAAGGUGCUGUGCGGAGAGUGCAAGAAGCGCUUUAACAACACCUGGUACUUGCACCAGCAUGAGCUGCGUGUCCACUCCGGGGAAAGGAGGAUGUUGUCGUGCCCCAGGGAAGGCUGUGACAAAAAGUUCACCGGUCGCUUCAGUUUCGAGAACCACGUGCUCGGCGACCACGACGGCAAGAGGCCUUUCAGCUGUGCCUACGCUGGCUGUGGGAAGAGCUUCGCCAUGAAGGAAAACCUGUGGCGACAUGGAGUGGUGCAUGACCCAGCAAAGAAAAAGCUGAAGAAACUGCAUCCUAAAAAGAACCAGCCCUGGCGUAAGGCGCUGCAGGUCAAACUGGCCGCUGCAGCCAAUCAAGCGGAUGCCAACAAGCUUGCUGCAAAGCUGCGCAAUACAGCUUUAGAGGAUAAGAAAUCUUGAGGCUACAUUAUCAUAAAAAAAAAAAACUACUUCGUGUUCGUUAAUGUUGACACAAACUCUGAAACUAUUUCUGUUUGAUUACUUUUUCGUUAUGCAAUUAUGAAAUAAAGCCUCCUUAAUACAGCACUAUA